AUGCCGCCAAAGAGGAAGCAGUUGCAGAGGCAUAGUGGGGACCGGGCAGGCGCUUCGCAGGCUGCAAGAACUAAAAUGGCACGAACGGCGCCAUCCCCCGUGGCACGACGUGUGGCCACAUACACCUCAUCUGUGCAACACGGUAUUGGGUCAUUUGCUCAAGCGGCAAGAGCGAGUCCUACUUCCGCUGUGGAGGCGCCAGGUUUCAGGAGGCAAACGAAGCGUUUGCGCAUAGACCACGAGAGGGAUGACAUAGACGAGGAUGUUACACUUGAGCAGUUGGGACGGCAAGCAUAUCAGGUUGCAUCACCCGCCCGGCAGGAACUUGCAGGGGCGUCUGCACCGGUGGUGCCCGCCAUGUCUUCAUUUUUGUUGCCGUCGUCGUCGCCAAACGCGGCGGCUGCGGCGGUGGUAGAAACGCGGGAAGGGAGCAGGGGGGGUUUGUCAUUGAGGGGGACGUCAACUCCGCCCCUGCUGCUCACACCACGGCGUGCAAGGACGACAAGUCCUGAACAUUUACUGAGUGGAAAUUUCCGCACCACCCCGCUACUCUCCUCCCUCGGCAAAGUAAACGGCACACAGGACUCACCGCCCCGCCAGGAGCACAUCCUGUAUGUCUCGGACGAUUAUAAAAACAAUACCACGAGUGAGCGGGCCAGUAUUGCUCUUAGUCCGGCGGAGAGGCCUUCGACGACGUUGAUUCGAAAGGCGGCAGCGACACGCCCUGCUGUCUCUCCGGCAACACUGUGGAUUUGCAUCGACGAUGACGACGAUGAGGAGGAGGAAAUUAAAGUCAUCUCCUGUCAGUUGUCCCCUGCGCAACCCGCCUUACACCCCGAGGCCAGUGCAUUGCCGCCCGUCUCUGCUUCUGCCGCGGCUUAUUUAGGGAGCGCCGCCGUCGCCGCCGCCUCCCCAUCAACAACAACAGCAACAGCAACAACGGCAACGGCAACGGCAACACCACUACCAGCUCGACGAGAGCCCAUUGCCGGGGUGUUGCCACCGACGUUUCGUCCACGCAAAGGUCCACUGCAGGCAAACAAACCCCCACCACGGACGCUGAGUCCACUCCCGGACGGGUGCUUUAUCUACGAUGAUGACUUCACUGACGAGGAUGAGGAGGGAAAUGAUGAGGUUGGGGCUUACAAGGGCGCAGGCAAUGGUGCCUCACAGAAUUUGCCUUCCCACCCGUUAAAGACAUGGGACAAACAUCUUGAUGUUAGCAUGACCACACAAGUGAGCUUUGGCACGCUUCCGUAUCAUGCAAGCCAGUCGUACAUUAUAGACGAUGAUGAUAGUGACAGUAGUAGCUCGGGUUGUGCAAAGACCCAGACGAACAACAAAAACAGCGGCUUCGAUGAGUUGGGAGAGGACCUCAAUCAUGCAUUGGAUGCCGCACUAGAGAUGGAGCAGGUAGUCGACGAUGGUUCGGCCCGGACGCUGCGUUUGCCUCAUCUCGCGCCUACGGAUGGGCCCAACCUAACUGCCUCCUUGCAGAGUGACGCGAGCAGCCCAGUGCGCAGUGUGCGAGACUUUCUCUUCUCGUCGCGUCGUCAAGCCUCGGGGGAUUGGAGCAACGCGUCCUUUAGCUCUCUCACACCAACCAUGGCGACAUCAGCGAAGCCCACCACCACCACCACCACCAAGAACAACAAGACUAUGGUGGGAGAGGAGGAGGUGGAUGUGGAGCCAAAGCGUGCCGUAGAGCGGCUUUGCCCACUCUUCGAGAAGCGCUUCACUCGUAAAUGUUUUUAUGACACCGUAGAAAGCGUGGUAUCGCGGCUUCAUUGUCUUGACCCUGGGGAGUUCUGGCAGGCCUUCAUCACAGCUGAGUACGUUGGCGAGGGCAGCUUCGGUAUUGUCUGGCGCUGCCAGACCGUGGACGGUGACCUUGUGGCGGUAAAGUCGUGCCCCAUCAGUUUCCACUCACGUGGAAGUAUUGACGACGGUUUCUCCGUGUUGCGGGAAAUCGCCAUCAUGCGGUUCCUAAACGAACACGAGGUGCCGUAUAUUCUUCCACUUCACAGUGCCUUCUUUGUGCCGGCGCGUGAGGCGCUCCCACCAGAUGUGGUUGGCGCCGUCGAGUGGAAGGCGCGUGUUGCCAGGGAAGCGGAGGAGUGCGAGCGACGAAAACGAUUACGGAGGCGUCCGACAAGGAAAUGGCAGCAGCCGCUUAUGCAGAGCGAGGAGGGGGAACUAAAACCCAGCGAGACGGAAACGCAGUUGGCGGAACGCAUGCGGUAUGAGAAGGUGCGCCUUCCCCGUUUUUUGUCGAUAUCUGUGGAGGAUGCCAUGGAGUGCGACGCAACGAUCUUUUUGGUGACGGAACUAUGCGAUGGUGACCUGGAGAACAUUGAGCGGCACGAUAGCAUCACGAAGGGAGUCGCCUUCUCUGUGAGCUCCGCGCUCUCCGCGAUGCAUCAGCUUGGGCUUGUGCACCUGGACCUCAAGCCAAGCAACAUUCUGUUUGCGUACGAGAACAGCCCCUCUCAGCUGCAGUACCACUCCCAGCAGUGGCAACAGCAACGGGAGCCAUCUACCGUGGGAACUUCCGCCAGUGCGCCUUCCUCGCUUUCGACGCCGCCCUCUGCGGGGGUUAUGCGUGUGGCCAAUGCCCCCACGGCGGGUUCCGUCAAGUUUUACCUGAGCGACUUUGGCAACUGCCGCAUCGUUGGACCAGGCGUGAUGGACGAGGUGACGGGGGUCUUUGGCACGCUGGAGUACAUGGAUAUUAGGGCGCUGGAGGACAAAACGUGUAGUCGGGCAACGGAUUGCUACAGCCUCGGUGCCACGCUCUAUGAGUUGAUCUACUCGCGGCGCCUUUACCCACCCUGCAAAAACCCCAAGUGUGUGUCAGAGGAUGACCACACACGGCACUGCUACAUUGAGGCGGCGCGGCAGCCUGUUGUGCUGGAACCGCCACCCUCUGCCUCUUCCCAACCAAUGAGUAUUCUGCAGAAGGUGAUGGCCGGGUUACUGACACUCGAGCCGAAGGAGCGAUGGACGGCGGAGCGGUGUCGUUCCUUCUUUUUGAUUAACAGCGUCACGGGGCCUACGAACACCCCGUCAAAGUGA